AUGAAGAAAGGAGAUUCCCUUUAUCCCCCCAAACCGCUGCCAAAGCUAAGCAUCCCGCAAGGGGCUUCUGCGAAAGUUCAAAUCAUCGAUACUACUUCGAGGAUCGAUGCACCACUAAACCUUUUCAUGCAACCUGUGAUAGGAGACUUUGAUACUGUCAGAGGAACGCCUGCUUUCAGCUUUCUUGUCGAACAAGUCUCAUCUGGACGUAAAGUGGUGUUCGAUCUAGGGUUGAGGAAAGAUUGGCACAACCUUCCUCCAGCUGUUCUUGGCCUUGUCAGUGCGCCAGGCUGGGGUUUGCAGAGUGAGAAGAACGUUGCCGAGAUCCUACAAGAGAACGGUGUCGAUGUGGCAGGUGGAGCUAUCGAGGCAGCAAUCUGGAGUCACUGGCAUUUCGACCACAUCGGCGAUAUUAGCUGUUUCCCUGAGAGCACGGCUUUAAUAUCGGGGAAGGGGGUGGCUGAAGCUCUUCUUCCUGCAUUUCCGACUAAUCCGAAAUCAUUCCUCCUCGAAAGUGACUUCUCCGGACGUGAACAUAGGGAAAUUGACUUUAGUGAUGGAUCCGAGAUCCAGCUUGGCCACUUCACUGCGGUAGACUAUUUUCAAGACGGCUCCUUUUAUCUGUUAAAUGCCCCCGGCCACGCAAUUGGACACAUAUGUGGGCUGGCAAGGGUCACUUCAGCUCAAGAAGGCGACGCUGAAGAUACAUUUGUCUUCAUGGGAGGGGACACUGCCCACCACGGCGGAGAAUUUAGACCUUCUCAAUACCUUCCACUUCCAAAAGAGAUUCGCCCAUCACCUUAUAAAUACAAAUCCUCUACACCUUGCCCGGGUCUCAUUUUUGAGGCAAUUCAUCCUGGCGGGAAAGGAAAUGAGCCAUUCUAUCAUGUGGAAGGAGCUUUUCACCAUGACACCAAGGAUGCUGCCCAAUCGGUUGCAUACAUGGGAGAGUUCGACGCACAUGAGGACGUGUUGGUAAUUGUCGCCCACGAUGCUACACUUUUGGAUCCGAGUAUCGGUAUCGAAUACUUUCCGAAUGGAACAAUGAGAGAUUGGAAGGCGAAAGGCUACGCGAAUCGACUGCAUUGGGCUUUCUUGCAGGAUCUUGUCCAGGCAGUCGAGCAAUAG